AGACUGCGCGCGCCGCCCGUUCCACAGCGCCGAGCCGGGCCGGGUCGACACACAGCGCACCCCGCCCACCAGCCGCCACCAUGUUAGGGGUGUUCGGAACGCUCAAGAGCUUCUGCAAGAUCCGGGAUGUGUCCAACGACUGUCCCGUGUUCCGUCUGCACUAUCAGUUCACCACCGGCCUGCUGGCGCUCUUCAUCCUGAUCCUGACGGCCACCCAGUUCAUCGGCAGCCCCAUAGACUGCAUCAACGAUGGCGACAUCAGCACCCACAUCAUCAACUCGUACUGCUGGAUCAUGUCGACGUUCACCAUGCCGGAUGCCUUCUACAGGCAAGUGGGUGAGGAGGUGGCCCACCCCGGUGUGGGAAACGUCGGCUCGGCCUGGAACGAUGACAAGGCCACCAAAUACUACACCUACUACCAGUGGGUCGUGUUCGUGCUCGCCUUCAUGGCCAUCCUCUGCUACGCACCCAAGUUCAUCUGGGACGCCAUGGAGAACAACAUCAUGGGCACCGUCGUGAUGGGCCUCAACUGGGGCCUCAAGACCGAGGACGAGAUCACCAAGAAGAAGCAGACGCUGGUAGACAACAUGCUUCGUCAUAUUAGGUCUCACGAUAUGUACGUGUACCGCUACUUCUUCUGCGAGCUGCUCUGCCUGGUGAACGUCAUCGGCCAGAUGUACCUGAUGGACGCCUUCUUUGACGGCGAGUUCUUCACGUACGGCUCGCGUCUGCUCAACUUCUCCGAGAUGCCGCAGGAGGAGCGUGUCGACCCUAUGGUGUACGUUUUCCCGCGGCUGACCAAGUGCGUGUUCCACAAGUUCGGUCCUUCGGGAACGGUCACCCGCCACGACUCGCUGUGCGUGCUGGCGCUCAACAUUGUCAACGAGAAGGCCUUCAUCUUCGUCUGGUUCUGGUACAUCAUCCUGGCCACCAUGCUGUCGGUGGUGCUGCUCCAUCGUGCCAUCAUGAUCUUCGUGCCGGCCGUGCGCCCCAGCCUGAUCCACAUGAAAAACCGGAUGGUGCCUAGGGAUGCCAUCGAGGUGAUCUGCAAGAAGAGCUCUCUGGGUGACUGGUGGCUGCUCUACAUGCUCUGCUUCAACCUGGAUCCGUUCGUCUACAAGGAUGUCAUCGCUGAGCUGAGCAAGAAGAUCGAGACGGCCGAGAGCAACGUGCCUCAGAGCAAGUCGUCCAUGGUCUGA